AUGGCGGACGCAGAGCUGGAGGAGCUCCAGCAACAGCAGGGCCCGCGCGGGGGUCCCAGUCAUGAGAGCGGCCAGGAAGAGCAGAGAAAGGACCCGGGAACGCGCAAACCAGCACCCUCCCGAGAUGUCAUCAGAGAGUCUCUAACCCAAUAUACCCCUUCUCUAGCGGAACGCCGUGCCACCAUCAUGAACCAGAUCCUCGACCCCGCCGCCGCCGACCGCCUCGGACGCAUCCGACUCGUCAAGGAAUCACGCGCCGUGGAUAUUGAGAACCGCUUGAUGAUGCUUGCCCAGACUGGCCAGCUGCGCCAGAAGGUGACUGAAGACCAGCUCAAGGAGCUUCUGAACGCCGUUGCCGAGAACCAGCGCAAGGAAGAGGAAGAACACAAGAUCGUGAUCAGCCGGCGCAAAGGCGGCUGGGACGACGAUGACGACCUUCUGGACCUGUAA